CCAACGGCCGCGCUCUCCACGGGCGCGCGGCCCGCGCCUGCUUCCGGGGCGGGCGGACUGAGCGCCUGGUGCCGCCGGCCGCCGCGACAGCGCCCCCGGGAAGCGGAGGAAGAAGAGGUGGAGGCGGCCGCAGGCUGAGUCGCGGCCGGGAUGUCCGGGCAGCCGCCGCCGCCGCCACAACAGCAGCCACAGUUGCCGCCGCCGCCCCCCGCGGCCGUGGCCCCAGGUCCCGGCGUCCUGCCCGUGUCCCCGGCCGUCGUCGGCUCCUCUCCGGCCGGCUCGCCCGGCAGCGGCGGCGGCGGCGGCUUGGGGACCGCGGCGUCCGCGCUGCUCCUCCAUCCCCCGCCGCCGCCACCGCCGCCGCCGCCUCCGACCACUGCCGCGCCGCCGCCGCCCCCCGGCCCUGCCGCCACGGCCGGAGCGCUCCCCGUGCCCCCUGGGCCGGUCGCCCCUGCCGCCCCGGCCCUGGCGGCGGGCAGUAGCGCCGCGGCCCCUUUCCCGCACGGGGACUCGGCCCUCAACGAGCAGGAGAAGGAGCUGCAGCGGCGGCUGAGGCGCCUCUACCCUGCCGUGGACGAGCAGGAGACGCCGCUGCCUCGGUCUUGGAGCCCGAAGGACAAGUUCAGCUACAUUGGUCUAUCUCAGAACAACCUGCGGGUGCACUACAAAGGUCAUGGUAAAACCCCUAAAGAUGCAGCAUCAGUUCGAGCCACGCACCCAAUACCAGCAGCAUGUGGGAUUUACUAUUUUGAAGUAAAAAUUGUCAGUAAGGGAAGAGAUGGUUACAUGGGAAUUGGUCUUUCUGCUCAAGGUGUGAACAUGAAUAGACUACCAGGUUGGGAUAAACAUUCAUAUGGUUACCAUGGGGAUGAUGGACAUUCAUUUUGUUCUUCUGGAACUGGACAACCUUAUGGACCAACUUUUACAACUGGUGAUGUCAUUGGCUGUUGUGUUAACCUUAUCAACAAUACCUGCUUUUACACCAAGAAUGGACAUAGUUUAGGUAUUGCUUUCACCGAUCUACCGCCAAAUUUAUAUCCUACCGUGGGGCUUCAGACACCAGGAGAAGUGGUUGACGCCAAUUUUGGGCAGCAUCCUUUUGUGUUUGACAUAGAAGACUACAUGCGAGAAUGGAGAACCAAAAUCCAGGCCCAGAUAGACCGGUUUCCUAUUGGAGAUCGGGAGGGAGAAUGGCAGACCAUGAUUCAAAAAAUGGUUUCAUCUUACCUGGUCCACCAUGGGUACUGCGCCACAGCAGAGGCCUUUGCCAGAUCCACAGACCAGACGGUUCUAGAAGAAUUAGCUUCCAUUAAGAAUAGACAAAGAAUUCAAAAAUUGGUUUUAGCAGGAAGAAUGGGGGAAGCCAUUGAAACAACACAACAGUUAUAUCCAAGUUUACUUGAAAGAAAUCCCAAUCUCCUUUUCACAUUGAAAGUGCGUCAGUUUAUAGAAAUGGUGAAUGGUACAGAUAGUGAAGUACGGUGUUUGGGAGGCCGAAGUCCAAAAUCUCAAGACAGUUACCCUGUUAGUCCUCGACCUUUUGGUAGCCCAAGCAUGAGCCCCAGCCACGGACUGAACAUCCACAAUUUAGCACCAGGCAAAGGAAGUGCCGCACAUUUUUCUGGUUUUGAAAGUUGUAGUAAUGGUAUAAUAUCAAAUAAAGCACAUCAAUCAUAUUGCCAUAGUAAACACCAGUCAUCUAACUUGAAUGUACCAGAACUGAACAGUAUAAAUAUGUCAAGGUCACAGCAAGUUAAUAACUUCACCAGUAAUGAUGUAGACAUGGAAACAGAUCACUACUCCAAUGGAGUUGGAGAAACUUCAUCCAAUGGUUUCCUAAAUGGUAGCUCUAAACAUGACCACGAAAUGGAAGAUUGUGACACCGAAAUGGAAGUUGACUCCAGUCAGUUAAGACGCCAGCUGUGUGGAGGAAGCCAGGCCGCCAUAGAAAGGAUGAUCCACUUCGGUAGAGAGUUGCAAGCCAUGAGUGAACAGCUGAGGAGAGAGUGUGGCAAGAAUACGGCAAAUAAAAAAAUGUUGAAGGAUGCCUUCAGUCUGCUCGCAUACUCAGACCCUUGGAAUAGCCCCGUAGGAAAUCAGCUUGACCCGAUUCAGAGGGAACCUGUGUGCUCAGCCCUCAACAGUGCAAUACUAGAAACCCACAAUCUGCCAAAGCAACCUCCACUUGCCCUAGCAAUGGGACAGGCCACGCAGUGUCUAGGACUGAUGGCUCGAUCUGGAAUUGGAUCCUGUGCGUUUGCCACAGUGGAAGACUACCUACACUAGCUGUGCACCUCGGGCUCACACUGUGCUGUGGCACCCUGUCAACACGGAGUAGACCGGCUCUGCAGAUGGGAGAUUUAGAGUUUUUUAAAUUAUGUACUGGGGACAGGUUUUUGUCGCUUUACAUUGCUUCCUAGUUUACAGCAUGAUGCAAAUGAUUUUCUAACUUAGUGUUAGGAGAAAUUAUUUUCCAUCUUUAACCUCUUAGUUGUCUAAGAGUUAAAUAUUACUGAAUUUCAGACAUUCAAAUUGAUCAUCCGGAAUCCUUUAAAACAAUUACCUAAAAGAAACCAAAAACUCCUGCCUUCUUUGUGGGGGGGAGAGGGGGAAGGAAAUGGAAUAAGUAGUGUUGUGUUAGCAUGUGGGUGAUGUAAACUUCAAAUGGGAGAUGUUCCGACCCCCACUCCCAUAUAAGCAUUCAAUCAGUGUAACUUGCAAAAUGCAUAAACAUCCGACAGUUUGAAUUUAUAGUGUUGAUGGAAAAAAAUCAUUUUUAAUGUGUACUGUAAAACUUGAAAUACUCAGGAGCUGAGUGAAUAUGUUUGUUGCUACUUACAAUCCCGACCUGUUAGUCCCAGUAGUUUUGUUUUAACAUGGUCUUUUUCAACUUUGUUUCCUGUUUAACUACAGAUGACUUCUGUUGUAGACUCACAAAGUUUAACUGUUGUAUUAUAACAGUAUUACAUGUCAACAGUGUGGUUAUGACCUUUAUUUAUAUAAAAACCAAAUAUUUAGUAAUUUACCGUGUCUUAAUUUAAUCUUUGUACACCUUCCAUUUUUAAGUGCUUAAAUGAGUACUAUAUUGCAAUAAAAAUGUAGUGAUAUAAUUAACCAGCCAUUAAAAAUUUACUUCUACAGA